UUGACGGUUGAAGAUUGAGGAAGGGUUUCAAUAUGCCUGCCACUAAGAAAAGAAAAGUUAAACCUACUGCAAAAGCUAAAGCUAAUAUGAUAUUCCGGAACUGUGGGAUAUGCCGUAAAAACUGUAAAAUUGCUAGCAUCUGCUGUGACAAUUGUGAUACGUGGUACCAUCUACGAUGUGAAGAGUUGGAAUUGGCAGACUAUGAAAUGUUCCUGACAGAAGAAAAUGUGAAUUAUUCGUGCAAAGGGUGUUUUUCCCAUGAACAAUCAGACGAAUACACAUACACCUCAGCAUUAUUAAGAUUGACAGAGGCUGGUGAACAGGGAUUAAAUUACCUACGAUUUUGCUGUAAAAGAGAAAAGGGAUUGCUUCCCACAAUGACUCAAGAUGAGAACAACGAAGAGAAGUUGGCGGUACACUCGGAACAUUCUACUUCCAAACUGCUGUUGAAACAAUACAAGAUGAACGAGAAUGGUGAGAGAUUUUUGAUGGCAUAAAGAAAA